UAGUAACUGCGCAUGCCCGUGACUUAAGGAAGUCUCGCGAAAAGCGAGAAGUAAAAGAUGGCGCAGCACAUUAGCUGGGAAGAGGCUCGCAACAUCUUGAGGAAACUUCGAGAUGAUCAAGUGCGAGAUGGAGACAUAGUGGUCAAACUCUGGGAGGAUGUUCUGAUGGAUGCUAGUCACAAGCUGGGAAAUGAGUUGUGGAGUGUCUAUGAACAAGUGUGUGUUGCAGCACUGGAUUGCCAGCGCUUAGACAUUGCUGAGACUUGCAUCGAAGCACUUAAUGCAAAAUUUCCCAACAGUGUACGGGUGAAGCGAUUGGAAGGAUUGCUUCUGGAAGCAGAAUCAAAAUAUGAGAGGGCAACAGAACUCUACAAUGCUAUUCUGGAAAAGGAUGAUGCCAACAUGUUUGCAAGAAAGAGGCUGGUUGCUAUCUUAAAGUCACAGAAAAAAAUAUCCGAUGCUAUUGACAAGCUAAAUGAUUAUCUUAAAAAAUUCAUGACUGAUUACGAAGCUUGGACAGAGCUGUGUGACUUGUACCUGUCCGUGUAUGAUUAUAGUAAUGCUUCAUUUUGCAUGGAAGAACUUAUUAUGUCAAAUCCACACAAUCAUCUCUUCCAUCAAAAAUAUGCAGAUAUCAAAUAUACCGUUGGUGGUACAGAGAACAUGGAGUUAGCCAGGACAUACUAUGCACAAGCUGUAAAACUAUCACCAAACAAUGUUCGAGCGCUGUACGGGCUUUUCUUGUCUUCAACUAAUCUGGCCAUGAGCUCAGGAAAAGGUGCCAAGGAUAAACAGCUCAAUGGAAAAUAUGCAGCUUGGGCAGCAGAUCAAAUUCGAAUUAAAUACAAGACACAACAGUCUGAAGAACAGAUGCGGGAAACCAAAGUUAUGGAGUCUAUAGAGAAGUUGCUAGAAUCUUUGCAAGCAGUUGGGUAGAUAUCUGGUGGGUUUUUUUUUUUUUUUUUUACUUUAUUUUGAUGGAUGUUCCAUCUUUAAUAUCCUUCCAAGAUAGUUACUACCAAUUUACUGACAAGCAAGAUCUGGUCUAGUGCACAUUUUCAAUUCAAAUAAUUUGUUGAUUUUCCAUGCACUUUCUGUUUUCCUUUACUGAAGCACAGGCUUCUUUCUCUUGGUAUCUCAGAAUUCUUUGAUAAAUUAAAAGCAUAAACAGUAUGCAUUCAUGUGUAUUUGUACAUGAUAAUUGUUGCUAGUCACAACUGUUGAGUGUAAGUGCAGAAUUUCUACAAUAUGUCCUUCAAUACAUAUAUUAGAAAAGAUAUUUAUAAUCAACUGUAAAUUGAUUGCUUUAAACCUGUUUUAAUAUAAAAUAUUUGUGAAAUAUGUACAUGUUCUCUAAAGUUUUUAGGCUGUUAAUAAAGUGCAGAUUUCUUUGUUG